ACCAUGGCCUUCUCCCAGGUGCAGUGCCUGGACGACAACCAUGUGAACUGGCGCUCCAGCGAGUCCAAGCCCGAAUUCUUCUACAGCGAGGAGCAGCGGCUGGCGCUGGAGGCCCUGGCGGCCGGGGGUCCCGACGCCUAUUAUGAGGUGCUGAAGCGAGAGAGCAUCCGCGACUUCCUGUCGGAGCUGGAGCUCAGGCGCGUCCUGGAGACCAUCGAGGUGUACGACCCUGGCUCGGAGGACCCGCGGGGUGCAGGCCGCUGCUCCCAGGCAGCGCAGGACGACGGGGGUGGUGCUGGCGGUGAUGGAGGCGGCAGUGGAGGCGACCCCGCGGAGCCGGAGCCACUGCCCUCGCUGGAGUACUGGCCCCAGAAAUCCGACCGCUCCAUCCCGCAGCUGGACCUGGGCUGGCCUGACACCAUCGCCUACCGCGGCGUGACCCGGGCCAAUGUCUACAUGCAGCCGCCCCUGGACGGCCAGGUCCAUAUCAAGGAGGUGGUACGCAAGAUGAUCAGCCAGGCCCAGAAGGUCAUAGCCAUAGUCAUGGACAUGUUCACCGACGUGGACAUCUUCAAGGACCUGCUAGACGCCGGCUUCAAGAGGAAGGUGGCCGUGUACAUCAUUGUGGAGGAGAGCAGCGUCAAGCACUUCCUGCACAUGUGUGAGCGGGCUCACAUGCACCUGGGGCACCUCAAGAAUCUCCGAGUGCGCAGCAGCGGAGGCACGGAGUUCUUCACGCGGUCAUCCACCAAGUUCAGAGGCACUCUAGCCCAGAAGUUCAUGUUCGUCGAUGGAGACCGGGCCGUGUGUGGCUCCUACAGCUUCACGUGGUCAGCAGCGAGGACGGAUCGAAACGUGAUCUCCGUGCUGUCGGGCCAGGUGGUGGAGGUGUUUGAUCGGCAGUUCCAGGAACUCUACCUCGUGUCACACAGUGUCAGCCUGAAAGGCAUCCCGAUGGACAAGGAGCCAGAGCCAGAGCCCGUCGUGCUGCCUUCCGUGGCCCCGCUGGCGCCCACGGGCACCGUGGCCAAGAAACUCGUCAACCCCAAGUACGCACUGGUCAAGGCCAAGAGUGUGGACGAGCUAGCCAAGACCUCGUCGGAGACACAGGAGGCCAAGCAGCCGCCGGGGCCACCAGGCCAGGUGCCUGCCGAGCGGCCAGGGGACGUCCCCGAGCCACCACCCCCACCCGUUGUGCAUCCGGGACUGGUCAACCUGGAGAGGGCCAAUAUGUUCGACUACCUGCCCACGUGGGUGGAGCCGGACCCCGAACCCGGCAGUGACAUCCUGGGCUAUAUCAACAUCAUCGACCCCAACAUCUGGAACCCGCAGCCCAGCCAGAUGAACCGCAUCAAGAUCCGAGAUACAUCCCAUGCUGGCUCCCAGCACCAGCUCUGGAAGCAGUGCCAGGAUGGUCGACCUGCCACAGAGACCAGCACCCCCAACGAUGGGCUCCAGCCCACCACCGAGUCCAACGCCCUCCACCAUGAGCUGCCGACCACCAACGGCCUCCACCAAGCACAUCCUGAACCGCAGCCCCCAGUGCCCAAGCCCCGGACAGUUCCCGUGGCACACCUGCUUGCCCAAGAUGGUGGCAGCGGUGGAGGCAAUGGCUGGGCCUCCGACGCCGUGCAGGGGGAAGAACAUUCCCAGAACGGGACCAGCCACAGGACAGCAGAGCCACACAGUCCCCUGCAGCGGCAGCUGUCUGUGACCCAGGACAACCCCAGCGGCCUGCGGCCAGGGCUCCCCAACGGGCUGGACGGGGAGGAGGAGGAAGAUGAUGACGACUACGUGACCCUCAGCGACCAGGACAGCCUAUCAGGCAGCUCCACCCAUGGCCCCGGCCCUGGCCCAGACACCCGGCGGCCCUCAGCAGCCUCCUCCAUGUCCGGUGAGUACUUCGAGUCAAGGGACCACUCGGCCCCCCUCCGGAGGCAGCAUUCAGAGCAGCUGGCCAACGGGCCAUCCCAGCCGCCACGCCGACAGCUCAGCGCCCCCCAUGUGACCCGAGGGACCUACACCGGGCCCUUGGCCCAGGGUCGGGGGAGAGAAGAAACAGAUGCCCCGCGGAGGACGCAGGCCCCACGCCCUACGGACAAGGAGGCACAGAGCCAGCAGCUGCACCGCUCUGGGACCAGGGAUAAAGAUGGCUUCGCACGGCCGUCGAGGACCCCAGGAGCUCCCCAGUUCCGCCCUGCAGCUGCUGAUGGCGCCCAGAGCUCUCCCAGGCAGGCCGGCCUGGCCCCCACCGGCCCCCACCACUGGCAGCCCAAGGCUGGCCCCAUAUCCCGCCCACUGCCCGAGUCCGGGAGCCCGAGGCCGGCCCGGAACACCCCCACGCUGGCCGAUGGCAGGGCCACCCAGGAGCACACAAGCCCCUUUGGCAUCCCCUACUCCAAACUGUCCCAGGCCAAGCACCUGAAGGCCAGAACGGGCGGGCCCCCAUGGGGCUCAAACGACUCCAGGCGGAGGGCCCAGGCCCCCCGGGACCACAAGGACCCCUAGCUGUUCCCAGCCCAAGCCUCUGGACCCACCGAGAGGACAGGAGGGCAGGGGUGGGUAGGUGGCACUGGCACUCACCUGGUCAGUGCACCAGUACCAGGUGGCCAUGAUGGUCAGGCCAAAGGUCAUCCCAGUCCAUGGCAGGUCCCCCGUGCGAGGGUCC